AUGCCUGGAAAAACUAGCGACUGGGACAACGCCGACUUCCUCUUGGAUCUCGUCGUUGGUCUCUACACUGGCGCCCAAGUCAACGGGAGCUUGACUCCUCCCGUCAAGCAGUCUAUCGAAGAGUAUAUCAAGGGGCGCGGAUAUGCCACCUCUUUUGAUGCUGUGCGCCUCAAAAUCUCCUUUCUCUAUCCUUUCCUUAUCGCCGUCGCCGUCGCCAUGGCCAAGCGCCAAGUCAUGCAGUGGGAUGCCAACGUCCACGAAGAUAUCCUUAUCUGUCUAUUUCAACACAUCAAGCCAAGUGCUGAGGACUGGAGCAACGUCAUGGGUGAUCUUCAGCAAAAGGGCUACACUUUCACUGAGGGCGCUCUUCGGUACGAUUUCUGA